UAUUUUCGGCCAAGGCACACCAAGAGAACAAGGAGACCUCUGCAAACUCAUCUUCCAUAGCCAUAAUUCGAGCUCAAGCCAUAGGGUUCCAAGAAGGAAGAUUAAAGAAGGAAAAGCUAGGAAAAAGUGUGAAAAUUAAGGCACUUGUAAAGGGUAUUUCAAGUGAUUUCACAAAGUUGGAAAAAAUCACCGGAGUUGUCGCCGAAGUUGACCAAGUCGCCGGAGUUUCACCGGAGUUCAACCAAGAAGGGUAGAACUUCUUAACGCUAGUUCAAGGUUGAGGCUAGGGCUUGCUACCUGCACCUUUCUACGGGUGACAUCAAAUCAAGGAAGACGUGAAAUGGAGGGCAGGCGAAUGAGGACCAGGAACAAUCCGAGGGGGCAGACGCCGGUAGCAUCCCAAAGGGGAAGCCGGGCUGCAUCUCGGGGUUCAAGAGGAGGCCGUGGAGGCCGUGGAGGCCGUGGAGGUCAUCAAGCUCAAACCGUGAGUGAUGGCCAUGUAAGCUCGGUGUUGAAGCUAGGGCUUGCUACUUGCACCUUCUCACGGGUGAUAUCAAAUCAGGAAGACGUGGUUCGUGCUUCCUUAUUUUCUUUCAAACUACCGAACACUUGCUCAUGGAUAUUUGUUCUACUAUAAACUAUUUUUGGGGCUUGCAUGCCCAUGUUGUUGGCCGGUUGUGGCUUAUGACUUACCGUUGAAUAUUUCCGCUAUUCAUUGGUUUAAAUGUGAUGUUGUUAUGUAUGUUUACUACUGAGUAUGGAUGGAUUGUUUUCUCGAACGCCUUGUGUAAUUAAGUGGGGUUGACUCGCGGGUGACGUCACUUAAUUAUACGGCGAUUGUACACGCGCUUGGAUUGCGGUCUGGGGCGUGACACAGCUGGAACAAGAGUUUAGAACCUUGGCUAGGUUCUUGCCAGAGUACGCGGUUGAUGAGAACCGUAUGACGGAGCACUUUUGGGACGCCCUACUCUUGGACAUCCGUGAUCGGGCUACGUACUCGCGCCACAUGACCUUUAGCGAGGUGGUGGAGCAGGGCCUUCUUGGGGAGGCCCAAUGGAACGAGAGGAAAGCAAGGGACGCCGAAGAGGCGAAGAAGAGGAAGUGGAAUAAUUCGGGGCCACCCGAUCAUUCUCGAAGGAACAACCACGGGGGUGGUGGUGGUGGUGGCGGUGGUUCAUUCAAGACGCCGGCUCCACCGGCAAAGAAGAAUAGGGAUGCGAGGUGGCACGGACCUAGGCCACAGAACUCGGGGCCACCUAGAUGUCCCAAUUGCUCAAAACAACACUUCGGGAAGUGCAAUGAACCACCGAGGUGUUUUAAGUGCGGGAAUGCGGGUCAUAUGAAGGCCAAUUGCCCUCAAUUGAUGCAAGAGAGUGCCUCGGGAGCCGGGG